AUCCUAUAACUACAUUAUUAGAUGACAAAGAGAAUGUAUAUACUGUAUAUUCUACACCACAUUUUCUAUUUGUGUGGCAGUUGCUAAUAACUGAUAGAGAACAUACUUAGUAAUUGUUGCCGCGAGUGUAGCUUUAUUUCAUUGUCAUUGCGUACGCGCGUCGCGUCGCUACCGGCGCGUGCACACAUGCAAAAACACAGAAAAUUGUAGUCAACAGGGAUCAUGACAACACGUCAUGCUAUUACGACUCAGACGGGCAGUCGCUGUUUCCGUGCGAUACAAGUUUCUUGUGUACAUUAUUGAUAAGCAUUUAGUAGGUACUAUCGCGAUGUGGUUAUAUAUAUAAAACGUAUCAAUUAUUUUUUCCUCAUUUUAAAAUUGUAUUAAACAUCAAUUGGAAAAUGUCUGAGAAAAUAAACAGAAAUAUACAGUAUCUUGCAGGUAUAUGUGCGGCCAGCGCGUUCAUAUUUACAGGCGCAACACUCGCGUGGUCAUCCCCUGCGAUUCCAAAGUUUAAAAGUGGAGAAGCAAACGUGCUCAUUACCGAUGCCCAAUGUUCAUGGGUGGUAUCCUUGCACUCCGCUGGCGCUCUGCUCGGCUGCUACAUCGGCCAGAUCCUCAACGAACGCGUCGGGAGACGAUGGACGUUAUUGGGCUCAGCAGUUCCUGGACUUUUAGGAGCGUGCUUUAUAAUUUUUACUGCUAAGCCAGAAGUGAUGUACGUAGCUCGGUUUUUAAUGGGCUCAGCGACUGGUAUUGCAGCUGUGGUGACCAUGAUAUACGUAACAGAAAUCGCGGACAAAGAGAUCAGAGGAGCUUUGGGUAUGACAGUGCAAAUUAUGAACAACUUAGGAAGCCUCAUAAUGUACGGCAUCGGACCUUUUGUAUCGUACACUGCAUUAAAUUCUAUAUUAGUUUCCAUACCCAUUUGUUACUCCCUCGCUUGUCUAUGGAUUCCGGAGUCGCCGUACUACCAUUUGAAAGAUGGCAGACUCGACGCGGCUAAAAAGGAGUUCCGUGCUUUGAAUUCCGGUAAAGAUGAAAAGACUAUUGACGAACAGUUGGCUGUGAUGCGAUCUCAUGUGCUAGAGAGUAUGGAGAAUAAAACCACUGUGAAAGAACUGUUCACCAAUAUGAGAUAUAGAAAGGCGUUAUACGUAGUAGGAGGUUUAAAAUUACUACAAUACAUGACGGGGAUUUUUGUUAUCCAGUCGUACGUUGAAGUGAUAUUUAGACAGAGCAGAUUUGUAUCCGGACCAAUAGCAAGCAUAGUGUAUGGUUUUGUGCAAAUCCUAGCGGGUAUAUGCGCAACGUUUCUGACGCAUCGCUUAGGCCGGCGAAUACUGAUGUUUAUAUCGUGCCUCGGUGUCGCCAUUUCAAUGACUAUAGUAGGCGUAUAUUUUUAUUUAGUGGAUCGUGUGAAGAUCGAAGACCCAACCACAUUGGCAUCGUUGGCUCCGAUGCCUUUGAUCGGCAUAUUCGGUUUUAACAUAUUGUAUGCUAACGGUAUAGGUAAUCUUCCGUACGUGAUGCAAGCGGAACUCUUUCCCGUUAAUGUUAAAGCUGUGGCCUCUAGUAUAGCGACAAUGCUCGUCUGUGUAUUAGGUUUUUUAGUUACUCUUUGCUAUCAAAGUAUAAAAGACAUUUUAGGACACUACACUGUUUUCUGGUCGUUUGCAUUUGUAGGUUAUGUUGGCGUUGUAUUUAUAUAUUAUUGCGUUCCCGAGACGAAGGAUAAGACUCUAGAAGAGGUGCAGGAUAAUAUAACAGAGCGGCCGCCUGAAAGUGAGGCGCUUCGCACUAAAAAGGAUGAUGAUGUAUAAGUUGUGUUAAGUCAAACAAUGUGUUUAGGACCGUAGCUAGGGGGGAGCAUUAUGGGACAAUGUCUUACCUUAAAAUACUAAUGCCCUACCUUAACAAUCAACAAAAUUACACAUAAUUACUCAAUCAAGGGCACACACCUCUGACUUUUCUAAAAAAAUCAUGUGUGUAUUCUUUGUAAAUUUAUCGUUCGCUUUAACGGUGAAGGAAAACAUCGUGAAGAAAUCUGCACAUCUGAGAAGUUCGCUAUAGGAAUUUCGAAGCUGUGUGAAGUCUACCAAUCCGCACUAAGCCAGCGUGGUGGACUACGGCCUAAUCCCUCUCAGUAGUAGAGGAGGCCCGUGCUCAGCAGUGGGCAAGUAUAUAAUACAGGGCUGAUAUUAUUAUUAUUAUUACUCAAUCAAAAUACAUGGACCAGCGGGUUUUUUAUUUCACGAUUUGGAAGUUGGUCCCAUAGUAAGAGAACCCUCUUUCGAGAUUUAAAGGAAUUUUGUUACACUCUGUAUAUUACCCCAACAAUUUCGCGUUUAUAAGUCACGAAAGCCAAACAUCAUUUGACCAGAUUAGAUCUUGUAACAUUUAUACUUCCGCCCUGGCUGUAACCAUUGCUGCCCUACCUUAAAUUCAAGUCUAGCUACGGCCCUGAAUGUGUUCGAAGUAUCAUGGAAACCUCAUAGCUGUAUAUAAUUUGGGGAAUUAUGUCUACAAAAUCAAGAAUAUUAUUAGAAUAGGAGUAUUAUUUUUAUUUUUACACGUAUUUUGGUAUUAAGAAUAAAGAAGUCAAUAUUGUGCCAAAUCUGGAUAAAUUAAAUAUCAAAUAACAUGAGCUGUACCUAUUUGAGAUGAAACUAAUUUAGAAUAAUAAAACUUAUAUUAUUUUUUAUUGUUUAGUGAGAAUGUUAAAGAUAAGUGAGAUCAAUAUACAUAUUAUUUAAAAAGCGAGUGUGACAUUGAAUGGCCACUGCGCGUAACAGCCCCAUCCACAAAUUGUCAACGAAUAAUGUUAUUUCGUCAGAGUAGUUUAACCCGAUGUGAAGUAAUGCGGCCAUGGUCACUAUUUGUAAUCGAAUUUGCCAAUGUGUGUGCGCAUCGCGUUGUAGCCAUGGCCGAAAACGCGUUCAUCAAAUGUUUAAAUAACUACUGGUUACUUAUUGUGCUUUUCUUCUAUUUUCUGUCCGUCUUACGGCCUAUUCAAAUAAACUUUUCCAAUUCACCAUCGUACCUUAAAAAAAAAAAGCAAUUAAAUAAGUAAUUAAUGUAAACAUAUACUAACUUUAUGACGAUCGAUCCUAUGUCGAAUUGAUACGAGCGGUGGAACAGUUUUGAAAUCGGUCGAGUCCUAUAAUAAAAUUUGUUUGAAUGGAAAAUAUCGACACUAAUGCACAAUACAUUUAUUUAGUUUUAAUAAAUUUACUUGUUUUUGAUUUAAGAUUUUCUCGUUGUUAUAGUAAUUUAUUAAUGACGUAUGUUAAUUUUAAUUACUGAGAUUGAUGUGUUGCAAAAACACAAUCUCGAAAUCACCAAAUAGCAGAUUUUGUCAACACUUGGCUUGUUCAUGUGUAUAUAUAUUUAUAAUAAGGAUUAUCGUUACCGUGCCUUCUAUAUUUAAAAUGGUUACUAAUUUUACCAAAAACAACUAGUCUGUUUCAUUCGGGACCUGUAUGUUAGCCAAUGAAAUAAUAAACUUAAUCUGUGACUAUAAAAUUGUAAUUUGAAUAAAAGUACAAACAUAUUUGACACUGUAAA